UGGCCGCCGAGCCUUCCACGCGUUAGUCACACCGUUGCCAUGGAGCCUAGUGCGCCCGUCAGGAAGUGACGUAGGUAAACAAUUCCCAGCUGUCGCCGUGGCAGCCGGAGUUCGCGAUACACAGCAGGAGCUGAGCAGCUGUAUGAUCCGAAAUGGCCAGAGACUCCCUUUCAGAAGCCGGGCUGCACUUUGAUGAGCUGAACAAGCUAAGAGUCUUAGAUCCCGAGGUUUCUCAGCAAACAACAGAACUAAAAGAAGAAUGCAAAGACUUUGUAGACAAAAUAGGUCAGUUUCAGAAGAUAGUGGGUGGAUUAAUCAAUCUUGUCGACCAGCUGGCUAAAGAAACAGAGAACGAAAAAAUGAAGGCCAUUGGUGCCCGCAAUUUACUGAGAUCGAUAGCAAAACAGAGGGAAGCCCAGCAACAGCAGCUCUAUGCUUUAAUAGCGGAAAAGAAGAUGCAACUGGAAAGAUAUCGAAUAGAAUAUGACGCUCUGUGUAAAGUGGAAGCCGAGCAAAAUGAAUUCAUUGACAAAUUCAUUCUUCAGAAAUAACGUUGGCAUCGACAAUUCCAUAGCUGACUGAUUUUAUACGGUGUUUGUUUCUUUCUUUUUAAACAUUUCAUUCCAUUUUCAACUGGAUCUUACAGCAGACAUUUAUAUUGUAAGUCCACUAAAGCCACGUUUUGUGCGGUUGAAACAGAGCUAGUUUAGAUUGUGACAUAUUUUUCAGCUUGAUUGUACAAAUCUUCUUGGGCUGGAACCAAAUCCAAUUGUUUACAGUCAUUUUUACAAUGCCAGCCUUAAUAUCCCACCUACGUAAGUGCAGGUGGCCUUGCUGAUUCUUUUUCUCAUGUAAAUGUAAAUCGUUUUCACUUAAAUAAUAUUUGUUUGCUUUCUUUAUUUUUUUUCUUCAAAUUUUCAU